AUGUAUGGACUGCUGUGUGAGUCUCUGCAUGACUUCAUCAAGGAGUCGUAUGGAGAUGAUGUGUGGAAACUGGUCAGAGAGAGGGCCGAUGUCAGGCUACACUCCUUUGUCACCCACCAGGUGUACAGUGAAAGUGUCAUCCCACGUAUUGCCAAGGCAGCCAGCGGAGUGACAGGAACCCCCUACAAUGAGCUCAUGAACUCCUGGGGGGUCUAUUUCCUGGGCUUCGUGGGGAAGUACGGUUACGACAGGAUCCUCAAGGUGUUGGGUCGUUUUUCACGUGCGUUUGUGAACGGGCUGGAUAACCUCCAUGAGUACCUGCGCUUCAGCUACCCCAAGGUCCAGCCCCCUACCUUCUUCUGUCAGGAGGAAUCAGCUACCGGAGUCACCCUCCACUACAGGAGUAAGCGUAAGGGUUACCUCCACUACGCCAUGGGCCAGCUGAGACAGAUGGGGAAACAGUUCUAUGACACGGAUAUCCACGUGGAGGUGCUGUCUGAACAACUGGUGGGAGACUACUCACACGUCACCAUGAGGCUGAACUUUGACAACUCCGCCUACCGUUACAUCAUGAAGGAGGACGAGGAGGAGCAGGAGAUUUUGCCCAUCACCAGCGACUUCUUCUUCGAAGUCUUCCCCUUCAACAUCGUUUUCAGACAGGACAUGGUGGUGCACAACGUGGGCUCUGGCCUGGCCACAGUCUUCCCUGACUUGGAUGGGAAAAAGAUCAAUGAUGCCUUCCUGCUGGCGCGCCCACUGGUGGAGUUUACCUGGAACAUGAUCAUCUCCCACCCCAACAAUCUGUUUGAGAUCAUGUCCAAGGAGCCAGUGAAGAGAGAGAGGAACCUUCAUAACAGAGUCCAAAAUUCGGACUAUGAGAAUGCUAACCGUACAGCUGACGUAGACGUGGAGCUCAUGGCCUUCCAGUCCAUCAUCGGCGAUGACUACAAAGAUGGCAACAGUGCUAAUGCUAUGGAGAGCUGGGGUGAUGGCAGUCGCUGUCUGAAACUGAAGGGACAGAUGAGAUACAUGCCUGAGUGGGAGUCCAUCAUCUUUCUGGGAACCCCUGUGAUGGAGAGUCUGAGUGCCAUGUUUAAAACCGGUCUCUAUAUCAACGACCUGAGUAUGCAUGACUCCAGUAGAGAUCUGGUACUGGCAGGAACCCAGCAGUCAGAGGAACUCAAGAGAGCUCUCAUACAGGAACAGAAGAAGUCCAGUAAACUGGAGGAGAGUAUGAAGAUGCUAGACUAUGAGAUGAAGAAGACAGAUGAUCUGCUCUACAGGAUGAUCCCUAAACCCGUGGCCAAGAGACUACGCAAGGGAGAGCCUGCCGUCAACACCUGUGAGGUGUUUCCAGACGUGACCAUCCUGUUCAGUGAUGUGGUGGGCUUCACCCGUAUCUGCAGCCACAUCACGCCCAUGCAGGUGGUCUCCAUGCUCAAUACCAUGUACACACUCUUCGACACACUCAGCGAGAAGCACCGUGUCUUCAAGGUUGAGACCAUAGGGGAUGCAUACAUGGUGGUGGCGGGGGCUCCAGAGAAGACUAAAUACCACGCCCACAACAUCUGCGACAUGGCCCUGGACAUGGUGCGCUCCAUAGACCACCUCAAAGACCCCUCCAAUGGCAACAACAUACAGAUCAGAGUGGGGAUCCACUCUGGCAUGGUGGUGGCCGGGGUGGUGGGCCAUAAGAUGCCACGCUACGGUCUUCAUGGCGACACAGUCCACACCGCAUCAGCCAUGGAGAGCAACGGCAAGGAGAUGCACAUCCAGCUCAGCAGCGCUACCUAUGAGCAUCUGAAGGGAAGUCACUUCAUCUUCGAAAGGAGAGGCACUAUCACCAUCAAGGGUAAUGUAGAGAUAGAGACAUACUGGCUGAAGGGAAAGAGGGAUAAGGAUGGCAAUGCCCAGGCUGCCUGUCCCCAGUUUGAGACCCAGACCAUCAGCAAGGCCAUCAGUAAGGCCACUAUCUCAGCCCCUGAAACCAGUGGAGACCACGACAGACUGGUGUUCCCGUCGGUGGCGAGGGAGGAUGAGGAUGAUGUGAAGUCCAUACGUUCCCACCGUAUCAAGAUGGAUAUCUCGGGCCAUCACUCCCUGGUGGAGUCUCUGGAGGAAUGCCGUGCUGAGGAGAUGUCUGUCAGCAAGUCUCACUACAAGGAUGCCCUCCACCAUAACAACGGUCUACAGGACAGUCACAUUGAGCUAGACUCUCCAGAGUUUGACGUGCAUAAUUCCAUCAUGGCAUCCCCAGACGGCUCCAUUGACUCCCACUGCUCAGAGAAGAGCGCCAUGUGCUCCGUGUCGUGA